AUGAGCAGCGCCUCGAAGCCGACGGGCAGUGGGUCGUCCGUCACGGAUCCACUCACGCCGCUAGCAGCCGCGUCGCUGUCCUCGCCGCCUGCGCCGAAGCUGUCGACUCCCCCUGUCGCAGCCACGGCAGCAACGCCGUCAGAGCCGGCCACCGCCGCCGUGACGGCGGACAACGACGGCGCCGAGGCGCAGCCACAGCGGCGUGGCUGGGAAGCUGUCAGGGAUGGGCGCUUCCGCAUCGCCCUCACCCAUCACUACGCCAUCAGUGACGACCACACCGACGCGGCGCCAUCCACCUCUACAGACGCCGUGCAGGCGGAGCACGCAACCGACGCAGCCGCGGUGCUUGGCGACAAGGAGGGCCGCGCGCUGAUGUGCGACACACCGGGUAGCGAAUUCUGCGCAACCGAACCGCACAUUGAGGUUAGUCUGGAGGCGUCGCUGGUGAAUGCGAUCAACAGCGCCUACACCUCUACCGGCUACCCGUUCGUCGCCACCACCGGCAACGCGCGUGGCUCUGUCUACGGCUCUUUCGUGGACCUUAGCAACCCGUCCCUCAGCUCCCUGGAGCUGCCGCCGUCGCAGUCCAUCAUCGUCGCCCCACGCGAGGCCAGCGACCCUGGCAGCACGCCGGCGCACGACCUGGUCGAGAUGGACACUCUGCUUGCAAUUCGGUGGGGCCGCGGCGACGGCAUAAUGAAGACUGCCGGGACCGCAGUCCCUGUCGCCGCCGCGCAUGGGAAGCAUACUCAGACCGCGGCACCUACCGGAGCCGCCGGCAGUCCGCACUCGCCAGCCGUGGCACGCACCAUCGCGCACCAUCUCUCGCAGUACCCGGAGGGCAUUCAUGGUAUCAACUCAUCCCCGGCGCUGCGGCAGAUCCUGGUAGAGGGGACACUGCCGACAACGCUGGCAAGCACGCCUUCGGCGCCGGUGAACACAGCCGCGCAGGCACCGGCCCCGUCGGGCGCAGAGGCAAAUGUGCCACCGCUGCCAACGUCGCCGCAGAGCAACGCCCCUGUUCAACACACCCUUGUCAGCGCUAGCACUUUCAACCACGUCUCCGUCUACCUUGUUGCCCACCAGGACGGGAAGCUGCUCUACACGGCGCCGAUACAGAGCCUCUCCGCCAGCAUCGCGACGCGCAAGGUGACAGCACAUCAGCUCAUUCUCGUAGGGAGGGGGGAAGUGGAUAUGCUGGUGACGGACCCCUUCACACCGCCCCGGACAAUGCCGCCCAAGCACACUCGGAUUGGCUUCGCUGAUAUCUCGGUCGCUGGCGAAGAGGCUGCCAUCUUCUUCCGCUCUAAGACGUCUCGCUUCGUAGACGCCGAUCCCGGCAUGAAGACCAUUUCAGCCGCGCCGAUCCGCUUCACCGUAGAGCCGCACCUUCUGCUGGGAAACCAAAAUGGCGACAUCUUCGUGUUUAGCCUUCUGCAAGAGCGCAUUGUGCAGCACAUCAACUACAACGCCGGCAAACCCAACGUCUCCGCGGCCAUCGCUAGCGGCAGCAAUGGCGUCGGCAGCAAGCUGAUCUGCUCCCCCGUCUCGUGCAUCGCGGAGAUACAGAACGGCAUCGAGAAGAAGAUCACGUGCAUGGUCGAGCACGCCGCCCUGGCGAAGCGCGACCGCCGGCGGUCCUUCUCCACGGACGACAUCACGACUGGCUUCCCCGCAGACACCAAUGCCGCGGCGCCGUCGUACUACGACAACGACGUCCCCCCGUCCCUCUACGCUGUCGGCUUUGAUGAUGGCCAGAUGCUGCUCCUGUGCGUCACUUGCGAGGGAGGGUGGUUGCUGCGGCACUUCAACAACCAGUACUUCGGAGUGCGGCCAAUCCAUUCCAUCGCCGUGCGUGUGCCACCCUUCUACACACGUCUGUGGACCAGCCACCUGCCCCCCAUCACCACCGCACCUCACGGAAGAAAACGUAGCACCAACAAGUCCACGGGAGCACCAGUGCCCAUCACGACCCUCGUCACCGCCACAGCGGCACUUAUCGUGCACAAGGAGCAUCAGCUCAUCGCGGCCAUCUCGUGCAGUGGCGGCGCCAUUGCGCUGGUGCGGCUCCCCGGGAUGGAAAUUAUCUACUCCGUCGAUUCGACCGACUACAACGCCGUCGGCGAGAUACUGGCGCUGCAGUGGAUGGCGACGAUGCCGGACCACCUGCUGACGCCAGACAUCCUCGUCGCCUCCGGCGAGGAUGAUACGAUGACGGCCUUCCAGCUGCUCGAGCAGUUCCUCGUGAGCGCCGUCGAGGGGAAUCACCACAACGGCAACGACAGCGUGCCACACUUGUCGUUCACAGAAUCCGUCGUGGCGAAUGGCCGACUGCGCAUCCUGGAGAAAAAGCGGUUCCACCGCAGCUGGGUGAACCGGUUGAACCUGAUCCCGGUCGCGGUGCCCGCCGCGACGGCCAACGCAAAGGUUACCAGCCGGUCAAGCAGCAGCAGCAGCAGCAUCGGCGGCGGCGGCGGCAUGCCGCAGUACCUCGGCGUGUGCCUCGUCGCCUCCUCCUACGACCACCUUACCUCUUUCUGGCCUUACAUGUUCAGUAGGCAAGGCCAGGGCGCUGGCGCGGAGGACGGCCCGGACAGCACCAGCGCUGCUGUACUAGCGGGAUGCGUUGGUGGCGCCAGCAGCCUGGAGUAUGCGGGCACGAUGAGGAUGAGCUUCCCCGGUGGUAGCCUUCCCCUCGGCAGGAUUGCGGCGCCGGAUCGGUACGUGCUCGUCGACGGCCCGACAACGGCGUACCCGCUGCACUCGGAGCUCGUCAUUGGUGUUGCGGCCGCCGGCGGUGGCACGAGCUUCUUCCUGGCGACAGUGUGCUGCCGUGGUAAAGUAAAAUUCUGGUCCGUGCAAGUGAAAGUCUAG